AAAACCCCUCAGGCUUUCCCUAACAGCCUGUAGGAGCCUCUGCCUACUGCUGCUGUGCAAGACAGAGACCCACCCACAGCACGCCCAAGAGACCAUGAAGAGCCUGCUGCUUCUCACCAUUGUGGCUGCCUUAGCGGUGGCAACUUUGUGUUAUGAAUCCCAUGAAAGCAUGGAAUCCUAUGAAAUUAAUCCCUUCAUUAACAGAAGGAACGCUAACACCUUUAUGUCCCCACAGCAGAGAUGGAGAGCUAAAGCCCAAGAAAGGGUCCGAGAGCGCAGCAAGCCUGCCUAUGAGAUCAAUCGGGAAGCCUGUGAUGACUUCAGACUGUGCGAACGCUAUGCCACGAUGUACGGAUACAAUGCUGCCUACAAUCGCUACUUUAGACAGCGUCGAGGGACCAAAUGAGAUGGGGAAAAAAUGUCUCUUUUGUUCUGGAGUCUGAAGCCUGGUUUUAUAUCCCCCUGCAGUAGCAUUACUGAAAUACAAAGACACAUACACGAUGCUCAUUUUCUAUAUAAUCUCUUGUCUGGCUGCACCCCUCCUUCCUGUCCCCGGAGUUGUCAGUCGUGAAAGUGCAGUGCGUUAAGAUGUGUAGUUUUACAUAAUAAACUUCUGAUUUGAUAAGUUUCA